GCUCUCGCCAGAAUAUGGGCCAGCGAGCAGCCCAUUUUGAAAUCACUCGUCCAUUUUCGAAAUUUUUAAUCCUAAAUAUCUCCCGCACUCUGUACUGUUCUCCUUCGCUCACACACACUUAUCGGAAUUUUGCAGUACAGAUCGCCGGCGGCGAGAGAGAUAAAUGGGACCACCGAAAUCCGGUCGAACAAUUUCACAACAAGCCUUUGACGAAAUGGUGAAGGAAAACAUGGAGGACCUGGGAAUGGACUCCAACGAAGCCCUACAAGACGCCAUCCAAACCCUCACCCUUCAAGGCGUCGAUCUCUCCGGAAUUAUCACGUGUGCUCCGGGAGAGAGCAAUCCCGUGAUGGAAUGUUUGGACAAAUUGAAGCAGCUGAAUGAGAAAUGGUCAGAUCGAAAUCUGGCUAAAGUCGAGAAUGCAGUGAAUGAAAUUGUAGAGUUGUUGGUAGAAUUGAAUGAUAUGUGUAAGGAUAAAGGAUCGGGGAAUGCCGCGAUUGCAUCCAAAAAUGGUGGGAUAGAAUUAGUGAUUUCAGUUUGUACGAAGAUUCGAGCUGGGUUUGCUCUUGGUUUAGUCACCAGUUUGAAGACUGUUGCUUCUUUGCUUCAUGAUCUUCAAAGUACUGAAAUAUUUAGGGAGAGUGGUGGCCCAAAGAUUGUGGUAGAUAUCUUAUGUGAUGGAAGACAAGAUGUGAGCAUCUUAGAUAGUGGUUUUUCAGUUGUAGCUGCGGCUUCAACUGGUAACGAGGUUAUCAAAGAAUCGUUCAUGGAAUUGAAAAUCGAUGAGCUAAUAGUACAAACUUUGAAAGAACACAAUGGGGGAAGCAUUCCAAGUGUAUACAACGCAAUAUGUAUCCUCUUAACAUCCGAUGACAAUCGUGUAGUGGCCUCUCAGGUUUUUGGUUAUGCUCGAAAAUUUGCAAAAUUAGGAAUUGCAGAAGUUCUCGUGGACUCACUCCAAGAAGGGAUCAGUUCGUCCAGUCUAGUAUCAGCCAGCAUUGCGUUGAAGGCUGUUGCUGUCAAUGAUGAGAUUUGCAGAUCAGUUGCUAAUCAUGGGGGUAUAGACGCUAUUCUCCAUUGUAUUGACAAUAGUGGUGAGCAGUGCAACAAUACUGUGGCUAGAGCCUGCUGCUCGUUGUUGUCUAAGUUGGCCGGAAGUGAUGUGAACAAGAGUGCUAUUGUUGAAAAGCAAGGCAUGGAUAGGCUUAUCAAACUAUCAUCAAGAUUCUCCGAUGAUCCUUCUGUGUUACAAGAGGUCAUGUCCACUAUAUCCAUACUGUGUUUAAGGUCCCCUGAAAAUGCAGCCUGUGCUAUUGAAUCUGGGGCCGGAGACCUUGCUAUUCAAGCCAUGCAGAGGUUCCCAGAUUCAGACCAGCUGCAAAGGAACUCUUGUUUCAUGAUUAGGAACCUUGUGGUCAGGAAUCCAGAGAACAGAACUCUUUUGCUCGGGAAUGGCAUUGAGGCGCUCCUCAGAAAGGCCAAGGGAAGUCACAAGAGCUGCAAAAAUGCUGCUACUGAUGCUCUCAGGGAUCUAGGACUUGAUAAUUACAACUUAUAAUACACACACAAUAGAUAAGGAGUUGAGCAGAUGGAGAACCCUUCGAGCCUGAUGCGUGAUGACAUUUCUCCGAUGUCUUGUAUAAGAGCUUGGAAACAAAUUAUAAGUUGAAAGGGUGAAAUGUUAUCAAAAUAUUCUUCAUAAGAUUCUGCGUUGGCAUGGGCAAAACAUUUUACCUUAUCUUUACCUAGUACUAUUUUCUUCAUUUUUCACU